GGAAUGUAUGAAGAAGCAUUAAUAGAAUUUGAAAAAAUCAAGGAUACAGAUUUCCAAGCAAUGUACCAGCUUGGUGUAAUGUAUAAUGAUGGACUAGGCACUAAAGAAGAACCUGAAAAGGGAGUGGAAUGCAUGAAGAAAAUACUCAGCUCUGAUUCCCCAGAAGCAAGACACUUGAAGUUUGCAGCUGCAUACAAUCUUGGCAGAGCGUAUUAUGAAGGAUGUGGUGUUAAGCUGUGAACUGAAGAGGCUGAAAGGUUAUGGCUUAUUGCCGCAGACCACGGGAACCCAAAAGCAAGCGUGAAGGGCCAGAGUACUUUAGGAAUGCUUUACUCUGUGUCAGACUUGAAAGAUCUGAAAAAGGCCUUUUUCUGGCAUUCAGAAGCAUGUGGCAAUGGAAAUCUGGAAUCACAGGGUGCACUUGGCGUUAUGUAUCUCUAUGGACAAGGUAUAUGUCAAAACACUAAGGCUGCUCUGGAGUGUUUGAAAGAAACAGCAGAACGUGGAAACAUCUAUGCUCAAGGCCAUCUUGUGGAAUAUUAUUACAAUAGAAAAUUUUACUCAACAGCUGCUGCACUAGCCAGAAGGACUACAGAAAAUGACGACAUCAAUGUGCUAGCAAAGAUAACUGAUUGUCUUACAACACACAUAGCCAUGGGGCUUGCUAUGGCUGCUUUCUACUUGGCCAGAUGCUUCCAGCUUGGCCGAGGUGUACAGCAAGAUCAAGCCACUGCUCAAAAAUACUAUUCUAAGGCAUGUCUUCUGGAUCCAGGUGUUGCUUCUGACCUUGAACUGGCAGCUAAUCUUGGGAGAAUUUAG